AGUCUCCCAGUCGCUUCUGCAUGUGAGAAAAAACAUGGGACAGCAGAUUGACAUGUAACCCCUUUUAAUCUCAGUUUAAUGAUCAUUAAUGUGGGAUUUGUAGCUGGAAGUUGAAACGUAUCAGUCAGUGAAGACUCUAACAGUGAGGCAGCCUGACUUUAAGUGAGCUGGUUGUACUUGUGCUGUUACUUUUGGGUUGUUUUACUAGCUUUGAGUGCUAACGGCAUGGAUAACAAUGAGGGAAACGAGAUCCAGCUCCACGGAGAUGAGGAGAUUCUGGAAGUUAUCGACCUGAAUGAAUCUGAGCCUGGUCCAGAUGAUCUGGCUGAUGACUUGGAGGAUGUUGACUUUGAGGAUGCUGGGAAUGAUGAUGGAGGCUGGGAGACAGAGGAUGAGAUGGAGGCUGAGGUGGAGCAUGAUGACAGCGAGCUCACCUUCUCCAAACACACAGGCUCGGUGUUCUGUGUGAGUUUGGAUCCGGCCACAAACAGCAUGGCUGUGACAGGAGGAGAGGAUGACAAGGCUUUUGUUUGGAGGGUGAGCGAUGGAGAAGUUCUGCUGGAGUGCACAGGUCACAAAGACUCAGUGACCUGCGCCGUGUUCAGCCACGACUCCUCCAUGAUGGCGUCAGGUGACAUGAGCGGCAUGAUCAAAGUUUGGAAUAUACAAAGCAAAGAGGAGAUCUGGUCCUUCGAAGUAGGAGAUCUGGAGUGGUUGGAGUGGCAUCCCUGCGCUCCGGUGCUUUUGGCGGGGACAGACGACGGCAACAUGUGGAUGUGGAAGAUCCCAUCUGGAGAGUGUAAAACCUUCCAGAGCUCAGCGUGCCAGGCCACUAGUGGGAAAGUCCUCCCUGAUGGUAAACGAGCUGUGGUCGGUUAUGAGGAUGGGACGGUACGAGUUUGGGAUUUAAAGCAAGGUAACGCCGUCCAUGUCAUUAAAGGUCAGGAUGGACACCAGGGGGCGCUGACCUGCUUGGCCUGCAACAAGGACGGCUCCCUGGUGCUGACGGGGUCAGUGGACGGUUGUGCAAAGCUCAUCAACACCGCCACAGGCAAGGUGGUCGGCUCGUUCUCGGCUGAUGGAGGGAAAGCUAAGGGAUCGAAAGACGAGGCAGAGACUAACUCUGUUGAAUCUGUUGGAUUCUGCAACAUUCUGCCUCUGCUAGCCGUAGCGUUCCUGGAUGGGACUCUGGCCAUAUACGACCUCUCGUCACAGGUCCUGAGGAACAGGUGCCAACAUGAGGCUGGCAUCGUCCACCUGCAGUGGGAGGAGUCUUCUUCUGUGGUGUCCACCUGCUGCUUAGACGGAGCGCUACGCUUAUGGGACGCUCGUACGGGGAACAUUGUGUCAGAGUACCGUGGACACACGGCGGAGAUCCUGGACUUCGCCAUCAACAGGGAAGCGUCCAUCGUGGUGACCGCCUCAGGAGACAACCUAUCAAAAGUCUUCUGCCUGCAAAGACCUGACCGAUAAAGAAAAGAGGAAGAAGAGAACGAGAGAGUGGAGGAGGGAACAUUUUAAGAGACAUAGCAGAGACUUUUGUAAUCUACAUGUUCUCUGACUCUGGAGAACAUGUUCCUCUUCUCCUUAGGAUUUUUAAAUGUCAUUUUUUGCCACCAUCAUGAACUGUAGCAUAUAAAAAGUUAAUUUUUUGUGCUUCUUAGCAGAUAUUCAAGCUAACUCAAGCACACAACAACACAGAUAAAGAUGAGAUGUUGAUUCUUCAAAACGAGCUCUGCCUCAUUACUUUGUGCUCUGGUUCAGAGACUAUCAGAGAGAAAUUCAAAGUGUGAUGAAUAACUGUGUUCUCUGCCUUUUAAUCCUUUGCCAGAAUCCUGUAGAGAUAAACCAGGACACUGAAAAGAGAAAGUUUGGCCCUUGUUAUAAUUUGUGUGUAAUUGCUUCUCAAAGUCCUCGUUUUCCCCUCGAGUAUACGUCUUUGUGUGUGGCCUUAAAUCUCUCGGAUAGAUCGUGCAGUCACGAAUCUUCUCGCCAAUUUUCUUUCUGAUGUACGCCCAAGUGUAAAUACACAAAAUAAAUAAUAUACUUUCAUCUGGA